AUGGAUAUCAUCGGUAGUCCCUGGCAAUCACCAACCAAUCAUUUUUCAUUUAUACCACCCGGUUUUCCGUAUUUUGGUGGAACUCUACUACCGACAUUUAAUCCGAUGCACUAUAACGGUAAACGUAAACGACGUCAUCGAACCAUUUUCAGUGAAGAACAACUUCAAAUCCUUGAGAAUGCUUUUCAAGGUACACAUUAUCCGGACGUGAUGUUACGUGAGAAGCUUGCACUACAAUGCGAUCUUAAAGAGGAAAGAGUUGAGGUUUGGUUCAAAAAUCGACGUGCCAAAGAUCGGAAACAAAAGCGUGAUUUAGACGGUAAAGAAAGCAGUCGAGCAAAAAUGGCGGCAUCUGAUGAGUCGGAUUAUGACGUCUCGGACGAUGAAAGUAGCUCAAAAAGGCGAAAAGUUUCUGUGGAUUCAGAAGUGAAAACUGAAUCGCCGAACACGCUUAACAGAACUUCGAAUGGUUCCAUUUGA